CUGCUUUGGCCACAUCGCUAUAACUUGCAUUUUUGGUUUAGUCAUUGUUUUUGUAAAAUAAAGGAAUUGUCAAUAAUCAAGAAGGAUUUGAUAUUAUCAUUAUGCCGGACUAUUUGGGAGAUGCUCAGCGCAAGGUGAAGUUUGAGGAGACUGAGGAAAAGGAGAUUAAAUCACUGGACGAGGGCGACAUCGAGUUGCUGAAAACUUACGGGCAAAGCCACUAUCACAAGUCGAUUAAAAACAUAGAGGAGGAUAUCCAGAAGGCCGUAAAGCAGGUUAACGAGCUGACUGGCAUCAAGGAAAGCGACACGGGUCUGGCGCCGCCCGCUCUCUGGGAUUUGGCGGCGGACAAACAGAUCUUGCAGAAUGAACAACCCCUCCAAGUGGCAAGGUGUACCAAGAUUAUUAAUGCCGACUCUGAUGAUCCCAAAUACAUUAUCAAUGUGAAGCAAUUUGCCAAGUUUGUUGUUGAUCUAGCCGAUACUGUGGCACCUACGGACAUAGAGGAGGGCAUGCGUUUAGGCGUUGAUCGGACCAAGUAUCAAAUCCACAUCCCAUUACCUCCAAAAAUUGAUCCGACAGUGACAAUGAUGCAAGUGGAGGAAAAACCAGAUGUUACCUACAGUGAUGUUGGCGGCUGCAAGGAGCAAAUCGAGAAACUACGAGAGGUUGUGGAAACCCCACUAUUGCAUCCUGAGAAAUUUGUGAAUCUGGGAAUUGAGCCUCCAAAAGGUGUGCUACUCUUCGGUCCCCCCGGUACUGGUAAAACGUUGUGCGCCCGUGCAGUGGCCAAUCGGACAGAUGCCUGCUUUAUUCGUGUCAUUGGCUCCGAACUGGUGCAGAAGUAUGUGGGCGAAGGUGCACGCAUGGUUCGUGAACUAUUUGAAAUGGCUCGUUCAAAGAAGGCUUGCCUCAUAUUUUUCGAUGAAAUUGAUGCCAUUGGUGGAGCACGAUUUGACGAUGGAGCUGGCGGAGACAAUGAAGUACAGCGUACUAUGUUGGAGCUUAUCAAUCAGUUGGAUGGUUUCGAUCCGCGUGGCAAUAUCAAAGUUCUCAUGGCCACAAAUAGGCCCGAUACUCUAGAUCCUGCACUGAUGAGACCAGGUCGUUUAGACCGUAAAGUGGAAUUUGGCCUGCCCGAUCAGGAUGGACGAUCGCAUAUAUUUAAGAUUCACGCCCGUUCCAUGUCCGUUGAGCGGGACAUUCGUUUCGAUUUGUUGGCCCGUUUGUGCCCCAAUUCGACGGGUGCCGAAAUCCGUUCUGUUUGUACGGAAGCCGGCAUGUUUGCCAUUAGGGCGCGUCGCAAAGUGGCCACCGAGAAAGAUUUUCUUGAGGCGGUCAAUAAGGUCAUCAAGAGUUACGCCAAGUUCAGCGCCACUCCGCGCUAUAUGACUUACAAUUAAGAUAUCAUUCUCAUUGUAUUGUUUACUAUUUUUAACCAUAUGGAACUUAAGUAAAAAAGAAUAUUUUUAUAAAGUACACAACAAAUAAACUCA